UGAAAAAGUGAAACACCAUCUUGUACCUCUUUUGACUUAAAUCUUCUUCUUAACUGGAAAUGUCAAAGUUUUAACCGAAUUGAUAAACUUGUCCGCCUAUCCAAUGCAUCCAAGACAUAACUUAUAUUAAAUGACUCUGACUCGGCAUGGGACUCUAACGAUGAAAGAUGGGCGGCAAAUGAUAAUAAAAAAAACAAGCAUUGAUCAUCAGAGGUCAGAGCAUACGUGGCAAAACAAAAUUCAUACUUAACGAUCAAUCCUGGGGUGCAUGUAUGAUGUAUCCAACCUCCAAAGCCCUCGUCGAUACUUCGGAAGAGAUAGGGAGAGGAGGGGUUUCCCGCAGAGAAUGAGCAAGGAUGACGACGACCCAGAAGCGAAAGCGUCGAAGUCACAGCCGCCGGAUUGGCUGACCAACUUCCACCGUGAUCUGAUGGCCGGGGCAGUGAUGGGUAGCGUCGUGCACACGAUUGUGGCCCCAAUCGAGAGAGCCAAGCUUUUGCUGCAGACCCAGGAGAGCAACCUGGCCAUUCUCGGCGGUGGAAGGACGAAGUUCAAGGGGAUGGUGGAUUGCAUCGCCCGGACGGUCAGGGAAGAAGGCAUCCUGUCUCUUUGGAGAGGCAACGGCAGCAGCGUCCUCCGAUACUACCCUUCGGUCGCUCUCAAUUUCUCCCUCAAGGACCUUUAUAGGAACGUAUUAAGAAGUGGACACUCUCAAGAUGGUCAUUUUUUGGCUGGUCCAUCUGCAAAUUUCAUGGCUGGAGCUGCUGCUGGUUGUACAACAUUGAUCAUAAUAUACCCGCUUGAUAUUGCACAUACCCGCCUGGCUGCUGACAUUGGAAGAACUGAAAUCCGUCAAUUUCGAGGAAUAUACCAUUUCUUGUCUACCAUUCGCCAAAAGGACGGGAUUCAAGGGGUUUACAGAGGGCUUCCAGCCUCUUUACAGGGAAUGGUCAUUCACCGGGGGCUUUACUUUGGAGGCUUUGAUACGAUGAAGGAAAUUUUAUCAGAAGACUGUCAACGUGAUUUGCCAUUGUGGCAGCGUUGGGUAGUGGCUCAGGCAGUCACAACAUCUGCUGGGUUGUUGUCAUAUCCACUUGACACAGUUCGGAGGCGGAUGAUGAUGCAGUCUGGACUGGAACAGCGGAUGUAUGAUAACACUUUGGACUGCUGGAGGAAGAUAUAUAGGAGAGAAGGGGUGACUUCAUUUUAUCGUGGUGCAGUUUCGAAUGUGUUUAGGAGUACCGGCGCUGCUGCCAUCUUGGUUUUGUACGACGAGGUCAAGAAGUUCAUGAAUUGGGGUGGUUUAUAGCACCAAAUCACUUUUCCCGUCGCUCACUCUUUAACAAAAGAUUAGAGAUUUAGGACUAGAACGACAGCAAAAUGGGAAAUUACAGCAGGAAAUAUUUUGUAAAGUGCAGAUGAGUUCGAUAUUGUCAUUUUUUAACACGCAGUGAUGACAUUCAUCUUUGCCGCCUAAGCUUUUUCAGGCUCUGGCAAUUUACUCACUGAUUUUUUUUGGUUGAAAAAAUAGUAGGGUGGGAAUGUUGGCAAAUGCCUGGAUCCAAAA